UUUGACGAAAGGCUGGAUCCCUUUUAACUAUGACCACAACUGACAGGGACAACUAGUGGAAAACAGGGACAUGGCAGCAUAGUACAGUGUGUUUCACUAGAAUAUCAUUUAAUGUUGUCAGUUUUUCAAAAAAUAUUCUGACCAUUUUAAACAUUUUUUCUAAUAAUAUCUAAUAUUUUGAAAGUAAAUGUUACAGUGAUAACUGUUUUUAUUUGAAGUGUUUAAAUAGUGAAAACAUCUCAUCUUCCGAACAGCUCUUUCUUCUACGAUAGGCCGGGCAAUGUAUCUGCUACAUAAAAUGCGCUCGAGCAAUUACUUCGUCGCCCUAGAAGAGCUGAUUCAGCGGCGACUUGACUUCUGAUUUUAUCACUCUCACACUAGCUAUGACAAAUACUUUGUCCACUAUUCGACAUACCAUCCCCAACAGUAACGCUGAUGAGAGCACUAUGCACACCCCGCAUACAAUUUUGAAGGACCUCCGAUUGGUUUGCUGCAAGCAGCGGCUGAUGUUCUGAACUGAAGCCGAGGCAGCCACUGUGGGGCCUUGGGACGCUUGCGUUCACAGUGCUGUUUUUUUCUUGCAAACAUGGCGGCCCCUGAUCUAACCAGCCGGGCUGGGUCCGUAAAUAGCUUGGGAAACAGCCCCACUGCGACUCCCAGCUCCACGACCAAUAACAACAAGAUCAUCCCAAGCUACCUCGAGCUCGAUUUCAGGUCCGGGGCCAGAAUCGAGGAUUUGAACCGAUUGAUUCAGGAAUUUAGUAAACACGAUCAGCGAGAAUAUGACGACCAGCGAGCGCUCGAGAUCCACACCGCCAAAGAUUUCAUUUUCUCCAUGCUCGGUAUGGUGCAGAAACUGGACCAGAAGCUCCCUGUGGCCAACGAGUACCUACUGCUGUCAGGUGGUGUGCGAGAGGGUGUGGUCGACAUGGACCUAGACGAGCUGAGCGUCUACGCCCGCGGCACCGACUAUGACAUGGACUUUACCCUCCUCGUGCCUGCGCUCAAGUUGCACGACCGCAACCAGCCGGUGACUUUGGACAUGCGCCACUCAGCCCUGUGCCACUCGUGGCUGAGCCUGCGCCUCUUCGACGAGUGCACCAUCAACAAGUGGAAGGACUGCUGCACCAUGGUAGACCACAUCAACGGCGCCACCAACUACUUUUUCUCACCCACGCUGGUGGCUGACUGGUUCUACGAGUCAAUCAGUGUGGUCCUGGUGGAGAUCCAGAAGAAGCCCCAGCGCGGCAUGCCCCGCGUGGAGAAGGUGGAGCGGAACGGCACCAUCAUCUCCGUCAUCCUGGGCGUGGGCAGCAGCCGCAUGCUCUAUGACAUCUUGCCUGUGGUCUCCUUCAAGGGAUGGCCGGCGGUGGCCCAGAGCUGGCUGAUGGAGAACCACUUCUGGGACGGCAAGAUCACAGAGGAGGAGGUGAUCAGCGGCUUCUACCUGGUGCCUACCUGCUCCCACAAGGGCCGUAAGGAGAAUGAGUGGCGCCUGUCGUUCGCCCGCAGCGAAGUGCAGCUCAAGAAGUGCAUCUCGGCCAGCCUGAUGCAGGCCUACCAGGUGUGCAAGGCCAUCAUUAUCAAGCUGCUGUCAAGGCCCAAGGCCAUCAGCCCCUACCACCUGCGCAGCAUGAUGCUGUGGGCCUGCGAUCGGCUCCCCGCCACCUACCUGUCCCAGGAAGACUUCUCAGCCCACUUCCUGCUAGGCCUCAUCGAUGAUCUGCAGAACUGCCUGGUCAACAAGAUGUGCCCCAACUACUUCAUCCCGCAGUGCAACAUGCUGGAACACCUCUCGGAUGAGACGGCCAUGCUCCACGCCCGCAAGCUCAGCUCGGUGCGCUCUGACCCGGCCGAGCACCUGCGCACCACUAUCGAGCAUGCCAAGGCGGCCAACCGGCUGACCCUGGACCUGCAUUGGCGCGGCAGCGCCUUAAACCUGCCGUCGCCACAGUCGGACGCGGGCGGCGAGCACCAGCCAGAUGACCGAUUGGCUAAGAAGCUGCAGCAGUUGGUGAUGGAGAACCCCGGCAAGUCCAUCUCGGUGUUCAUCAACCCCGACGAUGUGACGCGGCCGCACUUCCGCAUCGACGACAAGUUCUUCUGAUACUUCAAAAUAGAAAAAUACUACUCCCCCCACGGCACCAAUUCUACUCUCCUUUGACUAGAUUGGUCGAGUCAUCAAAUUAGUCGGUUUCCCAAGUAACGGUCGCCACAGAGCGGUGUGAGGUGCUUUUGUCCAAUAGUGUCUUCCCAUUUUGUUUCUCUGUCCCUGACACCUGUCCCCACACCCCACCAACCCUAACCCUGUCACCUUUAGAAGGCCUUUACAGGACUACAUGAAAUAGGUGGAAGAAGAGGUACUGCGUCUUGCCUCGGAUGGUUAAGGAAUGUCUUAGUCCCUGUAGGAGAACUGAUGGUACUAACGCCAUAACUGUACAUAGAGAGAGUUGAGUGGAUAUGUGUGUGUGGACUUUGAUCUUAUUUUGCACAGAAUGUAGAGGCACACAGUUAUCAUGUUGGAAGUGCUAUGAAGUGAAGUCUGAAAUGUUGCUUAUCUUUUAGGAAGGCAAUUUCAAUGGUCUUUUUUUUCUCCACUGGGCUAAAUGCUCUGAAUUUAUACCUACUGGUUUAGAGUAUGUUUAGAGCUGUUAUUCCAAUAAGCUGUAUCACAAUGACAAGUUAUUUCUAACUUAACGUUCUCUGUAGUCAUGUCCAUGCCCUAUGUGUAUAGUGAACAGUUCCAGACGUAUCCCGAAUAUGCCAAAAACCUGCAGAUAUCUGACCGGCAAUGUGAUACACAUAUCUUCAUCCUCAAGUGCAAUUAGUAAAUAAACACACACCAUACAUACAUGUGCUAACACUCAUCAUACACACUCCUGAUCAGUGAAAUGGUGUAUUUAAUACAUAUUUGUGAUAUUCUAGAACUCUG